AGUGGAACUCGUAGUUGUAGAGCCCAUCUACUUCCUCUUCCUCGAAGCUGUGAUUACAUAUGCAAUCACACUGCUAGAACUUCUUUUGGCAAGCCGUAGUUUGAUCUUUUCCUGGCUUUUGCCGUAGUCAGAAAGCAGGAUCGAUCUGGUUGUACAGACUCUCUUUUGUCAGCACUUCGUCUAGCCGAACCCAUCGUGAUUGUGAAAAAUACAAGAGAAAAGACGAGCACGCGAUUGAUAAUGGGGGCGAAAGGCAAGCACAGUAAAAGCUAUGGGGAGAACGCUUUUACAGGCUCCUCGGCGUUUCUCGAGGCUGUUGACGACAACAACGACCGACGGAUGGCGAACACCGCGGAGGGCAGCGGUUCUGGCACGAGCAAGGGGGGCGUGUCGUCCGUUUCGUUUUCUCUCGCGGUGUCCCCGACGGGAUCAAGUGUGAACUUGGGAACGUACAACAAGCACGCGAACACGUUGAAAGCGGAGGUGUUUCACCCGGGUAGCGACCUGGCGCCGGUGGCCUCGGGCAACUACAAGUACAUCUUCCAGGACCAGCGAUUUCAGUACGAGCGCACGGACUGGUUUUUCCACUCGCGCACGGUGGAGUGCUCCGGCCGCAACCUGGCCUGGGAUUUGAACCUGUUCUCGUCCGCGCACGGGAACAGCCUGGAUCCGGGCAGCGCGAUUCCCGCCGGGGCCGUCUACGGCAUCUACGGCGCCUGGUUUUUACUCCACGUGCUGCUGGUCGUCGUGUUCAAUCGCACAGGGCCGUCCUCUUCGCAGGGAGGCAACAAGUACUAUGCGGGCUACAAGCCGAAACAAAAGUUCCGAAGCUCCUCCUCCUCGGCGAUGGGACCCGGGGGUGGCGCUGCGCCGAGUGCAGCGACAACCGCGGCCGAUCGUGGCGCAAACGAGUCGACGCAUUUACUGGGCGCAAAGGAAGCGUUGGGACGAGGAGGGGGCGAAGCCGCGGAACAGGGAAAACUGUUGCAAAACAAGGACAAUAAAGCCUCCGCCGCGGUGGAGAACGGCAAAGCCGGCCGUCGGAGCAGCCAGCUGCAGCGGCCCCAACCCGCCUCCGUGGGCGAGGUGUUCCAAAUUGCCUUCACGGGGUCCCCCGAGGUGAAGACGCAACCGCGGAUGUACUACCUCGACUACACGUAUGGAAGCGUCAGGUUUGAAAUCGUCAAAGUUGAAAUAAUUUGUAAUGCAUAAAAUGCAUGACCCGAGGCACGUGUGUUGCAGAGCAGGCAAGUGAAGCCUGUUUGGGGUUACAGCUCGAGCUGCUAAAGUAACAUGAGAAAAUCGCUCUUCUUUGCGUAAACAGCAUGACAAAGUGGAUCUAGGGACCGCCGAAAUUUGUCUUGCGCCACUUAGAAACUGGGUCCCAACUGGCAUCCAUUUUAUGCAUGACAAAUUAUUUCAACUUUGUCGAUUUCAACUCUGACACAUCCAUAACACGCGGUUCGUUUGCGUCGCGGCGACCAUUUGCAUGCAUCUGGAUGGGUACCGGUACUCGGUGCGCAACACCGGGUUCGUCCUGUUCUGGGUGAUGCCCUUCCUGUUCCUGGUGUCCGGCAUCGGGCUCGCGAAGAGCCAGCGCGGGUUUCCGCUGUACGUCAUCAAGCUGUGCGUGCUGGCGCUGGUGGGGAUGGGCCUCAACGCGCUGGGGCAGCUGAUCGAGUUCGGGUCUCUAACGGGCAAUCCCGACCUGUGCGUGACCAGUGCAACCAUCGCGCAGAUGUGGUACGUCCUGGCGGUGCUGGUGGCGUCGGUCGUUUGGUUUCCCUUCAAGCUGAUGCUGCAGACGGUGCGUGAGGCCGACGCGGCGGCGGAUGCUGCGCAGCAAGAAGCCCGCGCGGGGACCCUCACGGACACGGACCAGGAGGGGACUGGGACCGAGGACCAGAUGGUGAACCGGGCGCAACUGAAUCCUGAGGCGACCGUGUCGCGCACGCCCGCACUGAGUGCAUUCUGCGUCUCCUUUCUCCUGUUUGCCGGGCUGCUGUUGGCGUCCGCGUUUUUGCCCGCCGAGGACGGCGGUGCAGCCAACCGGGACGAACGGCUGAAUUGGGGCACGGCCCGUCCCUACAAGGUCUUCGGCUUUUUGGGCAGCGAACUCGCCGCGGGGCUGGUGCUGGUCUCGCUCACCCUGCUUACUGGGGACCGCGGGUACUUCUCGUGGAUCUUUGGCAGCUGGGUGUUCUUGAGUCCCAUUUUUUUUCCAGCCGAGUACCAAUUCUUCACCCAGACGGUAUUGAUGUUCUUCUGGGCGGCGGUGACCUUUGAGAGGCCGCUGUACCACACGGACGCGCUCCGAACCUGGUUCCGCGCAUAUUGGUUCUUUACGGCCCUGAUCGUGCUCGGCCUCGUGUACGUGGACCAGAUCGGCCGCUGCGACAUCUACCCCGCGCUGUACCUCUGGGAGCGUGCCCGGUGGUUCGCCGCUACCGCACUGUUGUGUGUGAUGUUCAUGACAGGCACGUUUGCCAGCGACGACCCCUGUGGGUGCACCCGGUGGACCAACUAUUGGGCCCUGUUCGCGUACCUUUCGUGCCAGUUCGUCGGGAACGUGUUUGCCAAACUCGGCCCCGGGAAGUGGUUUGGCGCUCCCGUUCUGUACUUGAGCAUCAUUCCCUUCAUCAUUUACUACCAUUUCCUGCCGGACCGGCGGACCGCUGCGGCGCAAACCGGAGUCACGCGGGCAGCGCGCCGCGACACGGGCGAUACCGGAGCCGUUCACAGCGAUUAGCUUCUCUUUGAAGCAAUGGGAUCAGAAGCAAGAAUCAAUAUGAUUCGUUCAACAUGAGCAUGAUCAUGACGUCUGAGAACCACGGGCACCGAAAGAUGUUGUAUGUUUGACUACCUAGUAGGUGUGAGUGACCGCUUGAGUUGGACGAGAACAUGCAAAAGCUGGCAAUGGGCGCACACUUCUAAGAUCUAUAUCAUGUGUAGAGUUGUUUCUAUAUUGAUGCGUCUGCUCCUUUUUCUGAUAAAGAUAAACGUAUAUAAGCAUUAUGUAUCGAAACUAGGAAAAUAAAUACGAAUACCAAGUUAUUAACAGUUGGUGCACAUGAUCAUCAAACAAAAACUGCAUGAUGUACAAAUGCUGCACCUAUUUGUAUUCUGGUUCUGGUGCUCACCACUAGCAAAUAAAUUUAGUAAUCCCAGUGAAUCUCUUGUACAUUACGCUUCAAAGUUAUUUCGCAGAUGCACAGCAAACGUCAAUACGAUAUUCAGCAAGUUGUAGACGCGCGUCCGUUUCUAUUUUCUAAUUUCGCUACCCCAUUCGCGGAAAUACAAGCGGGAUGGCGAGAACACUGGCAAUGGAUCUGCUGCUAGUUCGCAUUGCGGAAUUGAAAACGGAAAGCUGGCAGGGGUUCCACCAUCGGUGCGCCAACUGUGAUUGAGCAUUUCGGUAAAGCAAAUGUAUUUGACCGACAUGAUAUCACAAUUCUUGUUCUCGCUCAGUGCAAGAAGAGAAAUCUAGAAGCAUUUCGAUAUCUAUGACACAUCAAGGCAGGAACCGCCAGAAAAAA